AUGGCCGUCCACCAACCCAGCGGAACCUCAUCAACAGCCGUCAUCGAGCAACAAAUCCCCCUCCAAGACGUCUCACACUUCCUCACAAACCCCCACGACGCCAAACCCGCCGUCUCACACAACACCAUCAGCAGCAGUCCACGCGUCUCCGACACAAAGGGAACCCCAGAAGCCGACCCCAUCGAGAUCCUCCCCUCGCCAACAACCCACACCGCCGAGAAACCCGAGCGAUGGAACGCCCCUCGGACGAACUUGUACCGCACAGGCGCAGCGUUUUGGAGUUUCGUCGUCAUGGGGAGUAAUGAUGCGGCGUAUGGGGCGUUGAUUCCUUAUUUACAAUCCCACUACUCCCUCUCCUUCCUAAUAAUCUCCCUAAUCUUCCUCUCCCCACUGGUAGGUUACACCGCCUCCGCCCUCCUCAACAACAUAAUCCACAUGCGCUUCGGCCAGCGCGGCGUCGCCAUCGGCGCCUCAUCCUGCCACCUCACCGCAUACAUCGUCAUCGCGCUGCACCCGCCGUACCCCGUGCUAGUCGUCAUCUUCAUGCUGGCGGGAUUCGGCAACGGGCUCGCGGACGCAGCGUGGAAUGCCUGGAUGGGCAACAUGGCGAAUCCGAAUGAGGUGCUGGGAUUCCUGCAUGCGUGUUAUGGGGUGGGGGCUGUUCUUGCGCCGCUGGUGGCUACGACGAUGAUUACCAAGGGGGGGCUGGGAUGGUGGUGCUUUUACUAUGUUAUGAUAGCAAUGGCAACCCUCGAACUCCUCACCUCAACCCUCGCCUUCCACUCCGCAACCGGCGCCGCCUUCCGCGCAAAAAACCCCCGCUCCUCCCACUCAAAAGACACCCGCAUGAAACAAGCCCUCCUCCACCUCCCGCACGCCCGCACAACCUGGCUCUGCGCGCUCUUCCUCCUAGGCUACGUCGGCGUCGAAGUCGCCCUCGGUGGCUGGAUCGUGAAAUUCAUGCUAACAGAGCGCCACGGCGGUAGAUUCGCAAGCGGAAUGACAGCGACGGGGUUCUGGAUGGGCGUCACAGCCGGCCGCGUAGUGUUGGGUUUCGUCACGCCGCGCGUGGGCGAGAGACUCGCUAUCGCUGUACUUCCUCCCGCCCCUUUUCCCUCCCACCCCCAUUCAAUGCUAACGAAGACGGAGAUCUACCUCCCCCUCACCCUCGCCCUCGAGCUAAUCUUCUGGCUCAUACCCUCCUUCCUCGUCUCCGCCAUCGCCGUCUCACUGCAGGGCUUCUUCCUCGGCCCGCUGUUCCCCGCUGCUAUUGUCGCGGCGACGAAAUUGCUCCCGCGCGAACUGCAUGUUAGUGCGAUUGGGUUUGCGGCGGCGUUUGGCGGGUCGGGCGCGGCGAUUUUCCCGUUUGCUGUUGGGGCGAUUGCGCAGGCGCGCGGGGUGAGGGUGUUGCAGCCGGUUGUGUUGGGACUGUUGGGGGGGAUAUGGGGGUUGUGGUUGGGGUUGCCGAGGUUUAGGGCGAAGGUGGAGUGAGUAGCAUGAAAGGGGUAGGGUGAGGAGUUUGGUU